UCCGCUGUGAGUGAGUGGUGAUAGCUGAUAGACGUUAGAGAGUCUCUACAGAGCGGACACUUCAGUAAAACCGCAUUAUUUGGAUAAUAUUAGCUAAAUUAAUCCAGUUUAAACCAUGGCGACUUCAGUGAAGCUCAACACCGGAGCGGACAUGCCUAUUCUGGGUCUGGGAACAUGGAAGUCAGCUCCAGGAAAGGUAACGGAAGCUGUGAAAGCUGCUAUCUCUGCAGGCUACAGACACAUCGAUGGAGCGUUCGUCUACCAGAAUGAGAAGGAGGUUGGAGAGGGAAUUCAGGCCAUGAUUAAAGAAGGAGCUGUGAAAAGAGAAGAGCUUUUUAUUGUCAGCAAGCUUUGGUGCACUUUCCAUGACAAGUCUGCAGUAAAAGGGGCAUGUCAGAAGACCUUAAGUGACCUGCAGCUGGAUUACCUUGAUUUAUACCUGGUUCACUGGCCAAUGGGCUUUCAGCCUGGAACAGAGCUGUUCCCUCUGGACAGUGAAGGAUUAACUAUCAGUGAUGAUACCAAAUUCCUGGAUACCUGGGAGGGAAUGGAGGAGCUGGUGGACGCUGGGCUGGUCAAGGCCAUCGGCAUCUCCAACUUUAACCGAGAGCAGAUUGAGGCCAUUCUGAACAAACCAGGCCUCAAAUAUAAACCUGCAAACAACCAGGUUGAGUGUCAUCCAUAUCUGAGUCAGGAGAAACUGAUCAAUUUCUGUCAGUCUAAGGGAAUCACAGUGACUGCGUACAGUCCUCUGGGUUCUCCUGACCGUCCGUGGGCCAAACCUGAGGACCCUUCAUUGCUGGAAGACCCAAACAUCACAGCUAUUGCUAAGAAGUAUAAUAAGACCACUGCUCAGGUCCUCCUACGAUUCCAGAUUCAGAGAAAUGUCAUCGUGAUCCCAAAGUCCGUCACUCCCUCACGCAUCCAGGAGAACUUUCAGGUCUUUGACUUCACACUGACUGAUGAAGAGAUGAAGAUUAUUUUAGGCUUCAACAGGAACUUCAGGGUCUGCCCCAUGCACUGGGGUGUGAAGCACAGGGAUUACCCAUUUAAUGCUGAAUAUUAAAAGAGAAGGAGCCUCAGUCCGAGCUUCUACUUUACAAGCUUCAUAUGCAGUGCUGUCUGUUAAAUUUACAUUCCAGUAUCAUCUUUUUCCUGCAAAUAUGCUGAUUAGCUUCAUAGAUUCUGUAUGAAGAAUAAUAUCUACUAUACUGUAACAUGAGAAACGGGAUCAUACACUAGUAUAAUUAGACCCCUGUAUAGAAAGAUGCACUGUUUUUGCCAUUACCAAUUAUUUCCUUUUUUCAAAUAUUCAAGUUCAUAUUCAUAUAAGAGAAAGUUUCAUACUGUUUAUUUCAACAUAAAUGUUCAUUCUACAGAUUUGUUCAUGCUACUCUUCAUAUUUUACGCUCUGUUCAGUUUCUGAACUACUAAAGUAGUUUAACUUACUUGAAUACAUAUGAAAUAUAGCUUUUAGUUGCAUCUGUUUAAAAUAUUCCAUUAGCAACACAUUGAACACUCCACAUUCCUUGUUUUCCAUUUUUCAAUGCAAGCUGUGAGCAGCUCCAUGUGGCCUGAUUGUGUGUUUGCCUUUAAAAUACAUUUUAAUGAUGUACAAAAUAAAGCAAACGUUUCAGUCAGCA